AUGGCGACUUCCAUCCCUCCCGCGUCACCGCCCUCCCGUCGCCCCCCCGCCCUCCUCCCCUGCCACGACUCCCAUGGCUCGCCCUGUUCCCACCUGCCCGACCACGUCCUCCUCCGAGUCUUCCGUCUCCUCGCUGCCGAGGGCCGAGAUAGUAGCGCCGCCAAUGGUAGCCAUGGCGACGACAGCGACGAUUGCGGCGAUGGCGAUGAUGAUGGCCACAUGUGCGCCGGUCACUGCGUCGCAUUCACCCACGCGCUCGUGUGCAAGCGAUGGCACCGCCUCGCCUGCCACGCGCUGACCACCGUACGCGUUAGAGAUUUCCUCCAACUCCCGCUACAGUCGCUCCUCCUCUCCCUCUCGCGCUUCCCGCACCUCACGUCGCUCGACCUUCCCCCGCGCAGCGUGCUGCCAAUGACCGAUGCUCUCCUCCGCGCAUUGCCCGCCGCCUGCCCGCGCCUCUCCGCCCUCCGCGUCCGCCCGGAGCAUUCCCCCGUCACCGCGGAGGCCGUCGGCGCAGCAGUCAGCGCGCUGCCGCGGCUGCGCGAGCUGCUGCUUCACGCCGCCUCACUGCCGCUGCUGCCGCCCGCCGUCUGCCGACUCGCUUGCCUAACCUCGCUGCACCUGUCCCUCCCGUCCCUCUCCUCCCUUCCCGAUGACGUCAGCAACCUAGUCUCCCUAAAAUCUCUCCACCUCUGCGCGGCCGCCCUCCACUCCCUCCCCUCCGCCGUGGCCCGUCUCUCCAAUCUGCUCCGCCUGCACCUCUCUGGUUCCUUCCAACGCCUGCCCGAGAAUCUCGGGCAACUAGAGAAUCUGCGGGAGCUGCAUCUGACGCACUGCUUUGAGCUGUGCGAGCUGCCCGAAUCUACGGGCAGGCUGACUCGCCUCUCCCAUCUCACCAUUGCCAACAACUUCGCCCUGGCCCGGUUACCACACUCCAUUGGUGGCCUGCUCGCCCUGCACUCCCUGCGCCUGUUUUUCCUGGGAAAGCUGUCGCUACUGCCCGAGUCACUGGGGCACCUCACACGGCUGGCCCAUCUCACGCUCAUGCACUGCCGGAAACUCACAGCCCUCCCUGCCUCGCUCUCCUCUCUCUCCUCCCUCACCUCCCUCUCCCUCGCCUGCCCUGCCCUCACCGCCCUCCCCGCCUCCCUCGGCCAAUUGUCUUCUCUCGUUUCCCUCUCCCUCGCUGAUAUGCCGCUGCUUUCAUCUCUGCCCGGUACUCUCGGGCAGCUGUCCCAGCUGACGUGUCUCGCAGUGACUGGCUGCGACCGGCUGGUCGAGCUGCCUGAAUCGAUGGCCUUCCUCCCCCGCCUCGCCUCCCUCUCCCUCCGUGACACCCCCAUCGCACUCCUCCCCCUCCCUGCCUCCACGCGCCCUCCCCCAUCGCGCCCGCUGCUCCCCUCGCUGCGCUCCCUCUCAGUCGUAUCCAGUGACCUCCUCACCUCCCUGCCCGCCUCCCUCUCGCUCCUCGUCUCCCUGCGUGCCCUCACGCUGCUCGCCUGCCCGCGCCUCGCCCCGCUGCCACCACGCGCAUUGGCGGGCCUGUCUCGCCUGGACCUGCUCGUGCUGGGCGGGAGAGUGGACGGCGCUGGCAUGGGGGAUGGGGGGGGCAUGGGAGUGCGAGGGAGGGGCACGGACAUGCAGGGCGGAGAGCAGCACGUGGAGCACUGGCUCUCACAACUGCACUGUCUUGAUGCUGCUGCUGCCCAGGGCACCAUGGGCCACAGCCACAGCGCCAUGCUGCACCAUGAUGCCACUGCACUGGACCUCACCUGGCCUCCCCCUCCCACUUCCGCUCCUCCCGCUCGCCUGCCUCUCCUCCACCCCCCCUCCCAUCCCUCCCUGCCUUCGGACCUCACCUCUCUCCCUCCCCUCUCCUCCCUCCCGUCCUCCCUCCCCUCUCUCUCCUCCCUCCACACCCUCGCUCUCUCCCACCUGCCCCUCCUCUCCUCGUGCCCCGACUCCCUCUCUCUCCUCACCAACCUUCGCCACCUCUUCCUCUCCACCCUCCCCUCUCUCCCCCACCUCCCCUCCUCCCUCUGCUCGCUCCCUCUCCUCGCCCACCUGCACGUCUCCUCCCUCCCGCGCCUCUCCGCCCUGCCCCAUCGCAUCGGCCUGCUGCCCUCGCUCGCCUCACUGCAUCUCGCCUGCCUGCCCGCCCUCACCGCGCUGCCUCUCUCCCUCGCCCGUGCCGCGCACCUCACACACCUGCUGCUGGACCACGUGGGGGCGCCCACGCCCACCUCACACCACGUGGGGCCGGAGGCACCACCACAGGGAUGGGUUGGGCAGGGCGAGGGGCAGGGCAGAGAGGGUGCGCAGGCUGUGCAGGCGCCCCAUGGCGGAGAGGGGCCGCGGGCUUCUCACGUGUCACCGCUGCCGGCGUUCCUGCUCUGCCCGCCUGGCAGGCUGCACUGUGCCGCGCUCACUGCUCUCACUGUUCGCUCCUGCCAGUGGUGGGAGGGUGACAGGGCUGACGGGGACGGCGAGGAGACAGGGGGGGAGGGCGAGGAGGAAGGGAGGGAGGGCGAGGAGGAAGGGAGGGAGGGCGAGGAGGAAGGGAAGGAGGGCGGGGAGGAAGGGAGGGAGGGCGAGGCGGCGACAAGCAAAGCAGUGGGGAGAGUGAGGGAGCAGGUGUCAGCAUGGGGCGGGCUCACGAGCUUGGACCACCUGGAGCUGCCAUGCGGGCUGGGAGCAGGAGGGGGGGUGGCGGGAGGAGGGGAGCAUCAGACGGUGUUCCUGGCAGCGCUGCUGCCGUCCCUCACGAGCCUCACUCGCCUCACCUCUCUCGUUCUGCACGGCGCCCCGCCCUCUCCGCCCACAUCUGCCUUCCCUGCAAGUCACAGCUAUUUCACCACGCAAUCUGCUCUCCUCACUCCAAGCCCCCUUUCUGCCGCUCUCCCUGCCUCCAUCGCCACCCUCUCCUCCCUGCGGCAUCUCACACUCUCCUCCUUCACCUCCCUCACUCAUCUCCCUCCCUCGCUCACUCUCCUCCCGCACCUUGUCUCCCUGCGCCUGCACACAUGCCCCGCCCUCAUCGCCCUCCCGCCCUGCAUGCACCGCCUCGCUCCCUCCCUGCGGGUGCUCGACUUGCUGGGCUGCCACAGCCUCUCCGCGCUGCCGCCAUCACUGCCACAGCUGUCAAACCUAGAGCGUCUGGUACUCACGGAGGCAUUCAGCCUGCACUCACUUCCAAUCGCCAUCGGCACGUUGACGCGCCUGCGCCUGUUUGUGCUGGAGGGGUGUGAGGAGUUGAGUCCUGACAAGGUGCCACCGUCCCUUGCUGAUCUACCUCGUGGAGUCUUCUUCAGUGAUGUCAUUGACAUUGAUGCCCUUGUGCCCCCUCAUGUCCCAUCAUAA